ACUAGCCCGAGUGCCCAACAACAGCAACUAAAGCAUGACUGCUAGAACAACAGCCUUAUUGGGGCUAGCCUCCUUUCUCAUUCUGCUUGUUUCCAUUAUUGUUUCUCUCUAUCCCGCCCAUCACUCUUCAAUUAAUACCGUCACUUCUUUUAACGAUGAUACUAGUAGGUUAAAACUUACUUUUGCACAAAGGAUGAUCAAGAAAAGCGGGUCUGAGAACUUCAUGGACAUUAUUCAAGAACUUGCACGUCGAAGGUCCAGACAUCAUCACAGUCACAGGAGGAGGAAGAAAAGUAAGAACUCUUGCGAUGACUCAGCAUGGAAGUCUAAGCUCAUUGCUACUUAUGGGGUUUCACUCGUCCUCACAGUAGAUUCAAAGGGAUGUGCGAAUUUCAGCAGUGUACAGAAGGCAGUGGAUGCUGUUCCUGAUUUUAGCCUGAGCAGGACACUUAUCAUAGUUGAUUCAGGCACGUACAGGGAGAAAGUGAUGGUUAGUGCAAAUAAGACGAACUUAAUGAUACAAGGUCAGGGUUAUUUGAACACGACUAUAGCUUGGAAUGACACUGCUAAUUCGACUGGAGGAACUGCACUCAGCUCUACAAUUGCCAUUUCAUCCACCAACUUUGUAGCUUAUAAUAUCAGUUUUCAGAACACGGCUCCUCCUCCUUCCCCAGGUGUAGUUGGAGCACAGGCUGUGGCACUGAGGAUUUCAGGUGACAAAGCUGCAUUUUUUGGGUGUGGAUUUUAUGGGGCACAAGAUACCCUUAAUGACGAUAGAGGGAGGCAUUAUUUCAAAGAAUGCUUCAUCCAAGGGUCCAUCGAUUUCAUUUUUGGAAAUGGAAGAUCACUUUACGAGGUAUACAUGCACGAGACUACCUCUCGUUUGACAGAACUGCCUGAUUGCGUGAUAAAUUCAGUAGCAAAAGAAGUUUCAAGUGGUAUUAGUGGAGCCAUCACAGCGCAGGGGAGGGACUCAACAAGCGACAAUUCGGGCUUCUCUUUCGUGAAUUGCAAUGUUGAAGGCAGUGGUAAAGUGUGGCUGGGACGAGCUUGGGGAUCGUUUGCUACAGUAGUUUUCUCAAAGACACGCAUGUCGGAUGUUGUCUCUUCAGAUGGUUGGAAUGAUUGGAGAGAUCCCUCUAGAGACCAGACGGUGUUCUUUGGAGAAUAUGGGUGCUUUGGACCGGGAGCUAAUUACACGUUCAGGGUGUCAUACGGAAAGCAGCUGAAGCAGUCCGAGGCGGCAGCUUUUUUGGAUGUCACCUACAUAGAUGGACAAGAAUGGCUUCUUCCUCCAGUAAAUGGCUCACUGGAUCAUUUUGGCAAGGCUUUUGAGAUGGCCUCUAUUUAGUUUCUUAGUCACACUUUCUAAUAUUGCCGCUUAAAGAAACUAUGUCUAUGACUGAGAAGGAACAGAAUCAUUUACUCAACUUGCUAUAUAAGCAAAUAACCCGCUCCAACAUGCCAGCCAAAAAGAUUAUGGAAACUCUGUUUUGGACUUUUUUAAG